AUGGGUAGAGCUGCCGGUUCUUCACCAUCGUCGUCUUUCGAGAGCAGCAGCAACCACUUCUUCGGUGCCGGUGCAGCUUCUUCUUCCAUGGAUUUUGGCACUGAUCUUAGACUUGGUCUUAGCAUUUCAACCUCUCCUCCUUAUGCGAGGGAGCAGCCGAUGUUAAGGCAGGUGCUUGGUGAAGAAGAAGAUGAGUGCAACAGUGCAACUUUCUUUGUUAAAGUUUAUAUGGAAGGGAUUCCUAUUGGGAGAAAACUGGACUUGUUGGCUCAUGAUGAUUACUAUGACCUCAUAAGGAGUCUUCAACAUAUGUUCAACACAAAUAUUAUCUGGGCUGAAGCUGAGGUUGAUGGAGAUCAUUAUGAGAAAUACCCUGUGCUAAUAUAUGAAGACAAGGAAGGUGAUUGGAUGAUGGUUGGUGAUGUUCCAUGGGAGUAAGUAAAAAAAAAACCAUUUUCGAUUUUUAAUUUACAAAUA